AGUAAUCUUUGCAAAAGGUAGCCAUUAUGAAGACGUCCUACGAGUUUGUCUUGUUGAGUCUGUUGGUCGCAUUUUCCUGGGAAAGUCCACUAAAUGCACAGCCGCCAAAGCAAUCUGUUCGUCAGGUAAAGCUGCCGUCACAAGCAUACUUAAACUAUACUGAGUUGCCGGUUAUCUUUUGUUUAAUCCAGCUUUAAUUUCAAAGUUGACGUUCACCCACGUAAGGUCCAACACAGCACGAAAAAGGAAAUUUAAGUAAGCGAAAUGGUAGCGUAAUGCUGGUGUAAAACUCUCUUUUACGGUAUGAUCUUUGCGUAAAGCUGUUCAAGAAAAAUUUUGGAUGCUACAAAGGGAACUUUCUCCAAAAACGUCAGUUUUUGAAAAAACCUUUCACUUUAAAUGUGUUUUAAAAAUUCCUACGCUGUACGUUUAAUGAGUUUGGUCGUUUCACGUUCCAGCCAACGCGAGUUCAAGUCUAUCACGAGGCCUUGAGUCAAGCACGAGCCAAUCUCGAGUCAAGCCCUAAUAUGUUAUUUUUUAUUAUUUUUGAGUUUCAUGGCCACAGAAAAGCAGGUCUAGAGGAUUUCCUGACAAAUAUAACACGCUUCGGCUUAGCUACUCUUACAUCUGAGUGUUCGGGUGUUAAAUGCUACAAGUAUCUUCCCAUUCCAAAUCAAUUUUCAAGGUGUGAUGUUGAGAUGGAACCCGCUAUGGUUGGAACUCGUGAGGGAAGUUAACGGAUAUGCAAUAUCGAAUUACGGUGAAACCCCAUUAAAACGGACACUGAAGGCGCGAUAGAAAGUGUCCCAGUGUUUUGGCAUGCGGUGUCCGUAUUAGGCUAGACCGCGAGCGGUCGUCCUUCUUUCCUCACAGCCACAUGCCUGCGAGCGAAAAGGUGAAAUUAAAAUAAUGCAAAUUACUGUCAAAAAAGGAGCAAAGAUUGGGGCACCUCCCUCGUUUCUCGUGCUCGCAUUCUACCCGGUCUCAAAAGAAAAAUAAGAAACUGCUCACAGUGUAGUAUUAAGUGGGUCAUAAUAUUAAAGUCAAAAAACACAAAAUACAAAAAGAAAUAAAACAGGAUAUUAGUAGUGGUCAAAUUGAACAUCCCUUACCCUCAUAAAGCCCUCAUUCUACGGAUAAAAUCUACGGAAAUACUAAUAGUCGCUUAUCUAUAUAUUUCUUAUAAAUCAAAAGCAUCUGAACCAUUCUCUGCAUAACUCGUUUGAUGCCGAUUGAAAAUGGUCUGGAAUUGGCGUCUAUACCUUUUCCGUUUCACUUUAUCGCAGGGAAGUGAUCGAUAUGCUUUUAACUAAAGUUUUUUUUUACCUUAAAAAAGGAAAAGUCUAUUACAACAGAAAGUUGAUAAUGAAGUGUCCAAAUUAGCGGAAUUGGCUUUCUAAGAAUAUCUGUUGAUUGGGCAAGGAAUAGCUGUCUGUUGUCCGUAUUAAGCGGCGGGGUCGAAUUUAAAUAAAAUGUGAAGGUUUUCCCCAGGGACAAAGAAAACUGUCCGCAAUAACGAGGUGUUCGUAAAGUGGGAUUUGAGUGUGCUUUAAACAUGGUUAGUAGCUAACUAUGCUUUUAAGAAGACGUAGAGACGGGAAGCGUUGUGUGACGCCGGCCAAGCGGAUUCAGCAAGACCUGGGUACAAAAAUAUCCAACCCAGUUUCAAGCCGCAUGAAGUUUUUUUCGGCGUUAUCAAAUUCCUUGUAUGAAUCUUUUUUAGGCCAUAGCAUGAAUAUUUUUAGGGUUAAUUGGAGUGCAUGAAUUUUUUUCAUUUAAUUUUCCCUUGCGCGAAUAUUUUUUUGUACUUCGCCCGCCCCCCCCCCCCCCCAUAAGUUUUCUAAUGGUCCGUCCCUUACCUAGGGCAGCCUGGGUAAAUUCUAAUAUGGCGUCUCGAACAAGCGAAGACGGACAACAAGCUACAACAGGUGUGCACAGUUGUUAUGCAGCAGUGAAUUGAAACCACUGCCCCCCGACCCCCGGGACUUAGCGGGGAAUGUAAUAUUUCUGAAAUUUGAAUUUCCCGCCAUUUUGUGCUAUUUUUAGUAAUACUGGACAGAGGCAUAGCGUGAAAUUUUGACUAAGUUGUUCUUACAAGAAGAAAAGUUAGAGCACCGAAGGCACUCCGAACUCUGGGGGUCUAAGGUUUUACAUUUAGGGUCUCGGUAUCCCAAUUUCCUGUGAUUCCUCAUUUUCAGUUAAUAGUACAAAAAAAUGCACUGGUUAUUUAUUUAUUUUACCCAACUCUAGUGUCAGUAUUGGUAAGGUACUUUUUUUGGUGCCAUGAUAAAACUUUCCAUCGAUGUGAGUCCUGAGCAGUCUCAUGGCGUAACACAGUACAUGUAUUAAGUAAACGCUUUUUAACUCAUAGAGUUUGUAAUAUUCACUGCAUUCUCUAACAGUUUGUUUGAAUGAUCAGGUAGACCUCUCGGGAUUCAGUGACUUCAGCUGUGUUUUGCAUACCUAUAUUCCUAAUCUCACGAGUGCAAAUGUCGUUCUGACGCCACACGGCAUGGUAUGGUAACCUCUCCCCCACGAACACCUGGGGACGGGCGAGGCUGACACUGUGAGGGGGCAGGGUAGGAUACAUUUUUUCGAGUUCAGCGCGUGUUUAGAACGGCGUUUGCUGAAACGCCGAACCACUGUCUCAUUAUCUAACUUGGCAAGUCGAACCUAUGCUGGGGUCGAACCAAUUAAAUUGAGACGAACUUAAUUGCGGCAAACGUCGAACCGUUCGUGCGCCUAUUUCAAAAUUAAUAGGUUCAACGAAUUAAAUUAGAGUAAGAUUCGACGUUUGCCCCCAGCAAAUUAUCAAGAAGGUCUACAAUUGAGUAAGUGACUCAUUUGGAUUUUGGAUUCCAAUCGUCAGUAGGAUUCCGGAUUCCUUGAGCGGUAUUCCGGAUUCCAAAGCCCAGGAUUCCGGAUUCUAAAACAAAUUUUUCCCGCAGUCCGGAUUCAUACAAGCAAAAAAUUCCCUGAUUCUGGAAUCCGGAUUCCCCUACAUAGGGUGAAAUAAUUAACACUAUGAUUAAACGCAAGGGUACGUUACAUGUCACGUCAUAGCUUCACGCUCCUUUCACAUUGCACGCGUUAAUUAUGUUACCUUGGUAACGUUAGAUGCCAUCAGUUAAUAAAAACAGUUCUGAGUAAUAGUGAUCUGUGUGGGCUUACACGAGGAGGCUCCACUCAAUAAGGGUACCUUUUUCAGGCUUCGGGUCUAAGUGAAAGGGCAAGGCCGGAUUUCAAUAGUUGAAGUAUAUGAAAGGGUAGGGAUACCUGUCUGCAAAAGAGCUCAAAAAGGCUAAGAUAAAAGUCGAGAAAACGUUCUGGUUUGUGGUUUAUUCAUAUUUAAAAGACAGUCAAUUUAUAGCAAUAAAAGCGAUGCAAAGUUUCAAACAACAUUGUAGAUAUGUGAAAGGGGUACCAUUUGUCAACAGAACGGUAUACGACAGCGGUAUCUUUUUAAAAAAAAAAAGGUAUAUAAAAGGGUAAGGGGUUGGACCUCGGGGCGGGGCCUCCACCUAUAAACUUUAUUGAGUAUCACCCGGAUAAUGAUCUCAGUCUAACAUUUAUUACACUCUUAGGUUGACUUGGAGGAGGACUCCAUUCCAAGGAGGGCUAUCUCAGAAGGUCAGUUCUAUUAAGUGUUUCCGCCUUAAUGUAGAGUUCUAUAUAUUAAAGUGAAUACAGGUUAGGUAAGGUCCUUGUCAUAGUUCUUAUAGUCUCGGUAUAGUUAACAUUACUUCAUCAAAAUUAUUACGGGCGACAAAAGGAGCCCGCAGCCUAUUCUUGGUGAGCGGCACUCUAUUAACUGUAGAGCGGGAUUUUUCCCGAAUCUGUACAUAUUCUUGGAGUGUCCGUAUAAUAUGUGAGUUUUAGGUCCGUCUGAUGUCACGAUAAUCACGUGAAUGCACAUGCAAGUGAUGCAACAAUCAUUAUUACAUUCGAUUCGCAAGCACACGUUAUUCAGGUACACAAGUAUUGUAUCUGAAUUGUACUAAAUGGGAGACUUUUCGAUUCGCCGUGCCUGCCUGGAAUCUAUUCACCCAGGACAACAAAACUAAAGCCUGAUCUCAUCUUAGUGGGGGACACUUUUUCGGUAAAGUACGAGUGCUAACAAAGUCUAGAAAUCGAUGUAAGUUAAGUUUAUUUAGGUUUCAUUACAGUGCAUGGUUUUUUUUUAUGCUUUUCGAAGCAUGUUACGUCGCUUGUCAUUCGAAAGCUUUCACAGAGAUUCACGUUUACGCCAAACAGCAAACGUGAAUUUGUACCACGUGACCAAGUUUCCCCUUAUUUUCCGUUAUUUUCCGUUUACUCUUUAUUGCUUCUACACAAAAAUAAGUCAGUUUUAUGCCAGUUGUAACCAGAGGAAUCGUACAGGACUGUUUUUUAUCUGCUUAAUUUGAUUCUGAGAAAUUCUCAACUUGAGUCUGAUGUUUGCCGUUUGCUGUAAACGCGAAUCUUAAUCUCUCUAAUAGUAAGCUUUUAACUCCAGUGGUAAUUAUUCCAUUUCAUAUCAACGGCCUUUGGUCAUUGAACACGGAUUGAAUAUUCGAUUGACUAAUAAGACUUCGUGCAUUACCUUAUACACGUAUUACUUGUGUCACGCAUUACUUGUGUCACGCAUUACUGUUUCAAUGUAUCUUUGCCGGUGAAUACAGCCGUCUCUCCUCGCUCCUUACCAUUCGCAGGUGCCCCCCCCCCCCGGGGGCUAAUCAGUCUCGCUUGCGUAAGCAGCGAGACUCAAAGUCUCCAACGCGUUUUUCGCCGCGGUGGGUAGUCCCUUAUAUAGGCUAUAUAGGUAUGUGCCGCGCCAAAGGGUAUGCAUUUUUUAGCUGUUUUGGUAGAUCUGAAAUAGGGCAUCAAUGUCGACCAUUUUGGUCUGAAAUAGGGUAUGGUUUGUGCACUCUAGUCUUGAAUUGGGUAUGUUUUUAAGAAGAAUUAGCAACUUCUUCAUCAUUUGGCAAUAAGACCACUUCCCUUUUCAUGUUUACGCCAACUACCGAGUACGUGCCGUAACAGCUUGUCACGCGCUCGUGUCAAGCGCCGGGCUCCAGGGCUUCAGCUCUGAAAUAGGGUAGGGAAAAUUACAGAUUUUGGUCUGAAAUUGGGUAGGGGUUUCAAGAAGCGUGCCGCACACCCCAUCCCAAUUUUUCUGCAAGUCCCCUCCCCGAAACUUGUGGAACACAAAAGGCAGGUCCUUGUGCCAGGCAUUCCUUGCGGAGACCGUGGAAACUGGGACUAAGAAUCGUUGCGUGAUUGAAGCCACGCGUGUUUUGCGAAGAAAGCUUAGGAGAGGUUAGAUUUAGAGCUUUUCCGCAACGUGUCGGUCGACGAAUUCUAUCGCUUGAAAGCGUUGAUUACUUUGGAGUAAGAGAACACUACUGAGUGGUCGGGAAAAAAUAAGAAUCUUAAUUUGCAAAAUUGCGAUGGUCGGGUGUUGUAAACUUUCAUUGUAUGCAAAUGAGUCUCGUGAUGAGCAUGCGAUUUAUUUUCGGCGAUUAAAAUGACGUGCCCUGUAAAUCACUUUUUCGAUAUCUGGCAGUGAUGUAAUUUCUCCAGAAUCGAGGUCCUUGAAUUUUCGUGCAUUUAUACACGCGUAUAGACUGCUACCGCAGAGGUAUUUUUGGUCGUCGCUAACACGCGUAUAAAAAGUAUCGACGUCGAUAAAGUAGGAAGUAAAAAACCGUUAGCGAGUAAAUCAUGUUUCUUGUAGAAUUAAUCGCCUCCUCAUUUCUCGAUCUAAUCUCCAGGCAGGCGAGAUGUGUAUGCCGCUGUAAGCGCGUUCUUGUUGUAUCUAAGCAACUGCGAAUAAUAUCAUUGAAUUAAACAUGAGUCUUGUUUAUUGUGUUGUUCAAUCCAAUUUUCAUGAUCCGCAGUGAUUCCUUUUGUUGACACUUUUAUAACAAAAGGGAAUUCACAUUGAUAUGAAAGCGGUUUCGCCUUCACUUCCUAGCCAACAACUAAUGCUAGUCAAUUUUCCUAAGUUUUCACUGAGAGCAUAUAAUUUUCCUGGUUAAACGCGCAAAUGUGCAAACUGGGCACGAGUGUCAACUCAGAACGCAAGAGGAUCAGAGUGUGUACGAAAGGGGGCGAGAUCGCGGACAUUCCAGACUUAGAAGGUUCCGGAGAAGCUGCAAACUCUCUACAACUGUUUCAUGUUAUUUCUCUUUCAGAUUCAGGUUGUUACGACCAAUCGCCGUCUUGUAGCUACUGGGCGCUCACCGGCCAAUGUCAUAACAAUCCAAACUUGCAGAGAUCCUGCUGUCUUUGGUGCAACCACAUGAAAAGUAUGUACCUGGAAAAUGGAAUGCAGUAAAACCCCGCAACUAAGAACCUGGAUUUUAAGAACCUGUUAGGCUAGAAUUUGCCAGUUAAAUCCCUCUCUAUAUAAGAACCUGUUUAGCCUAAAAUUUGAAAGAGGUUCUUAUUUUCUAAAAUCUAUGAAAAAAUUCUGUAGACUUGGGCAAAUAAGAUAAGUCAACAUUCAAGUAACAUUCAGAAUCCUCUUAAGAGACAUAGGUGCACGCCACAUCACUCCAACUGCAAUGUAAAUGCCAAUGUUAUGCUCUUAUAACAUAUUGUAUUGUUACUUUCUUCAGAAAGUAAGAACCUAAACAGCCUAAACUAAUGUGCUAACUAUCAUUUUAUAUAAGAGCCUGUUUAGGCUAACUUGGAAAAACCCACUGCAGGUUCUUAAUCGCGAGAUUUUACUUUAUACCUUCUCAUUAUAAAAGUUGAAUCCUUCCAUGUGUGUCGCCUAGUUCUUAGUUCCUAGUUCUUUGUGUCUUCACGCAACUCUCCUCCCUUCAAACGAUAGAAGCAUUUGGUCACUACACAAAGAACGGCUGCGUGUGAGACUAGCAUGUUCGUUCUUCGUGAGAUUCUGAGAUUUUUUCAAAAACAUUAUUCGGAAGAUGUCAGUCGAAAAAAUAGGUUAAGACUCACGAAGACGACCCAGGAUUUAACAGGUAGAUAUCAAAAUGAUUAGACUACUUUUUCUUGUUUCUAAACGAGAAUAAACGCGAUAUCACCCCAUGUAAUAAAAAAGUUAAUCCAAGACAGUCUUGGAUUCUGAAUUCCACGCAGUGAAUUCCGGAUUCUGAACACUGGAUUACGGAUUCCUUGUAAAUGGAACUUAGUUUUUUUAUCUUUUUAACUUGGAAAUGGCCUAUUGCAUCCCUCGAGGGCGGAUUUUUUUGGCAACAGUGUUUCAAAAGGGUUUCCCUGGGUACCACAGGUGUUUUUGUCGCUUGCGGCUGGAUGCCUCGGUAUCGGUCGUAGGCCGAAGUCAUCAGGGUCACCAUAAAGACUUGACCCAAAACGAAAACCGCGCAUGAAAAGUCUGUGGCUCUCAGGGUACCCAGGGACUACAACUGAAUGUGUUAGAAAUUGUUGUUUGUUUGAUUCUGUUUUCGUGGAAAUUGUCGUUCCUGGAAAUAUCGCAACUCUCCGCGGAAAACAACGAUUUAUCUUGGGCCAAAAUGUCUAAAUUGUAAUUCUAUACUAAUAUAUAUCCUUUUCUGUCACCACAGCAUUGCUACAGGUUAAAGAUUUCAGUUGCCAUGACAAAUAUUCCGUUCAUGAUUGUUAUCGUUGGGCAGUACAGGACGAGUGCUACAAAAACCCCGCCUUUAUGCUUCAAUUUUGCUGUAACUCCUGCCGGAUAGAAGGUAAGCUGGUGAUGUUUAUCACUAGCCUCCAUCUUCUUUGUUUAUGUUUUUGAUAUCAUGGGAUUUUAAUCAAGUUAUGGAGGCAUUGUGGUACUGAGUGGUCAGUGCGUGAAAAGCGCGCAUUUCGGAGAUGCGAGGUUUGAUUCUCUGUUUUGACCACCAGCUAGACUUUUCAUAGUACCUAGUCCUAACCCUCGACCAGCCUUGCAAAAAGGCAGUCGCCAGUUGGGAUUGAUUAUGGACUUAAACUUAAUUUUUAUUUCUAGCUGUUAAAGAUUAUUUGAGGGGAGUGUGUUCGUACUAAGUCGGCAGCUAAGUAAAUAUAUUCAUUUUAUGACAUUAAUUUAGUUCAAUUUAAAUUUUCCAAGUUUCGUUACUUGCACAUUUUUCCACCCUCGCACAACAAGUGUUGAUAAAUUGUAUGAUUUAGUUUUGUGUGUUGUAGUAAUUUCUUCUGAGAAAAUAUUUGUCUAUUUUUCAGACGUCGUUAUCCCGUGGUAG